CGCCAAACUGGAUUUUAAUAUAUUGCAGUAUAUGUACAAGAUGGAGAUGAAGAAUCUCUCCAGGUGGUGGGUCAAUUCUGGCGUCUCCAAGCUUAUUGCAAUGAGAGAGAGGUCAAUCGAAUAUUUCUUGUGGGGAGUUAGUGCAGCAGACACAAUGGAGUUUUCUAGCAUUAGAAUUGCUAUAGCCAAACUCUCAACUCUUGCAACAAUUAUGGAUGACCUUUUCGAUGACUAUGCAACACUUGAUCAAGUUAAACUUAUCAAGCAGGCCAUCGUUCAAGGUUGGGAUGUCUCGGUUGUGAAAAAUAUACCGCAAAAUUUCAAGAUGUGCAUCGAAUUUGUUUUCAAAACUAUGAAAGAACUGAUAAAUGAAGCUACCAAAAAACAGGGACGAGACAUGAUGCCUUUUAUUACAAAAGCAUGGGAAGAUUAUAUUGAAGCUAACAUGGAGCAUGCACGAUGGAAAUCAAGUGGACAUGUUCCAACCUAUAAUGAGUACAUAAGUACUGCUACAACAAGUGCAGCCAUUGGACCAAUAUUGUUGCAUCCUAUACUAUUAGCAGGACCUGCUUUAAGUGACAAUGUUAUUGAGAAGAUGUUCCUUAACAAAUCCAGAUUCUAUGAGCUCAUAUGGAUGUGUAUACGACUAAUUGAUGAUACACGAGAUUUUGAGGAUGAUAGACGCCAUGGAGAGAUUGCCUCUGCCAUUUCUUCUUACAUGAGGGACCAUACUGAAUGUUUAGAAGUACAGGCACUAAAUUACAUCACCAAUCUUGUUGAAGAAUUGCUAAAAGAGUUGAGAUGGAUAUAUUUGAAUCCAGAUAAUUCUUUGCUCGAUUGGGAGAAGAUAUGCUUCGACUUUAACAGAGGGUUACAGUUUCUUUAUAUAUUUGGAGAUGGCAUCACCUAUUCUCAUAAGGAGGUCAAGCAUCAAGUAUUUAAAGUUUUUGUUGAUCCAGUAGUGAUGUGGAAAUAG